GGUCUGUGCCGGGUGCAACACCCCGAUCUCUGACCGCUUCCUACUGCGGGUGAAUGAACGUUCCUGGCAUGAAGGCUGUGUGAAGUGUACCGCGUGCCUCCAGCCUCUCUCAGGCACAUGCUACUGUCGCAACAGGCAGCUAUACUGCAAGCAUGACUAUGAAAAGCUCUUCCAGACCAAAUGCAGCGGUUGCCUCAAGGCAGUGGCUCCUUCUGAGUUCAUCAUGCGAGUGCUGGAGAACGUCUACCACGUCCACUGCUUCUCCUGCUGCGAAUGCGAACGACGGCUGCAGCGUGGUGAUGAGUUUGUGCUGAAGGAAGGGCAGCUGCUAUGUCGCAGUGACUAUGAGAAGGAGAGGGAGAUGCUGAGUGCUAUCAGCCCAGCUCCCACUGAGUCAGUGAAGAGUGAAGAUGAGGAUGGGAGCCACCCACACAGCAAGGGAGGUGAGGAAGGAAAGGACCACAAGCGCUCCAAGCGCCCACGAACCAUCCUUACCACACAACAGCGGCGAGCUUUCAAGGCCUCCUUUGAAGUCUCUUCCAAGCCCUGCCGGAAGGUGAGGGAGACGUUAGCGGCUGAGACUGGCUUGACUGUUCGGGUUGUACAAGUUUGGUUCCAGAACCAAAGGGCCAAGGAGCAUCCAUACUCCUCCUUACAGAUGAAGAAGAUUGCCCGCAGGCAGCAGCAACAGCAGCAGCAGCAACAGCAGGAGCAGGAACAGCUAGGAAACCCCCGUCUAGGCACAGGAAGGGGGAACGGCCGCAGUAGCAGGCAAAGCAACGAGGACAGCGAAGAUGGUGCAAGUGUUCACGGAAUAGAUGGGCUCAUGGUGCCAUAUUCCAGGAUUGCUCAACAGCAGUUGCUUCCCCUGGACCAAAACAGCUAUAGCACAGACUUGUACCGGCAAGGGCUCACACCACCCCAGUUGCCCGGAGACCAUCUUCAUCCCUAUGAUUCAGAAGGUGUCUUCCACGACAUGGACAGCGAGACCAUUGGUCACUUGGGCGACUGCCUGUUGUCAGCGGCGGAAGCCAACCUCCUGCAAACCCGAGUGGGAAACCCCAUUGACCGGCUCUACUCCAUGCAGAGCUCCUAUUUCACCUCCUGACCAUGGGGACAUUUCUUGGCUCUCCCAUCUGAUAUAUGCCACACUCUGGGCUAGAAGAAGGGGAAAUGGCACAGAGGAGCAAACCCUAAAUAUCUAUCUGUUUGGAAGAACUCUCUGGACCCUUCAAAGCCAAUAAGGCAUGUGAGGCUGUCUCACAGGCUUUUGGGUGCUACCUCCUGGGUAUUGACCACAGAGUCUUGGAGGACCUGGCUACACUGCCUCUCUCUUCUCCUCACCCAACAUUCAAUUGAUGGACAAUUUCUCAUUGUGUAGCUAUACUUAUACAAGUGUGUUUUUGUGUUUAAACUGUAGGGCAUUAAGGCUAGCUUGACUCAUAGGCAGAAGAAGAUGGUGGGAGCUCUAGAUUUUCCUAAGGGCAAGAUUUCAGGGGCUCGUGUGCAGCUUUUCAUGACAUCGCUCUAUCUGGUUUUUUCCUUAUUAAUUUCCUUUAACAGUGGUAAAACUUAGAAGUUCCCUUUUCAUGAAUUAUCAACAUAGAGGUGGAAAAAAGAUUAGAUGUCAAAGAAUAAAGUCAUCUGAUGAAAUAAGAUUGUCAAACUGAAGACUCAAGACAGUCCCUAUACCUUUAAUAGUUGUGUAUUAGAAGGAAUUUCAGUAGGCAAGAAGUGAUACCUUCUUCUAUAUAACCAUUAAUGGUACAGGAUCCCUCUCCAAUUUUCACUCUUGCAACCCUAUGAUGAAAUGGUGUCUUAGAGAUACUGCUGCACCAAAAAUCUAUAAUCUUUUUCAUGCCACUUUAACUGCUGUGGUUGUCCUCCCCUAAAGAUUCUGGGAACUGGACUCUAGUAAAGGUGCUGAGAAUUCUUGGUUCAUAGAUAGUACACAAGGCUGCUUGUGGAGAAGCACAUGCCUGGUUAUGAGGCAUGGGAACAUGUUUGAAAGGAGAUUUUGGUCACAGUUGUACCAAUGCUGCCAGUGCUCAGAGGUGUAGUAGAAAAUGUUGGACACUUUGGCUAUCAUCACAGCUGUAAAUUGGGCAGCAGCAGUAGGGAUACGGGGAAGGGGAUGUGAAAUAAACAGCCAGUAGCCCACACACAGUUUAUGUAUUGCAUGCUGCCCAUCCCUGCUUGAUAUCACCAAGGAUUAGUAUAAGUGUAGCAUGAUAUUGUACUCUUCUCUAGAAGUCCUAUGUUCAAAAGGAGGAAAAUCCACCUUCAAGACAUCUACAGUGGAACAAUAAUACAUUUUGAUGUGCCAGCUUUCAUCAUGACCAUCCCAAGUGACAGUUUGCUAUGGAAAGUAAAAAAGGCAGGCAGCUGUAUUGAAAACUAAAAGUUUUCAUCUCCGCCAACAGGGCUUUUAUCAUGCACUUGGGUCUCAAUCGCCCAUUCACAACCAAAUCACCAAUAUCCUCAUAAUUACUGUAUUACAACUGGGUUGCCUGGUCAGGACUAUCCCAGGCCUUGAGAUUUGAGGGCCAAAACCUAUGACCUAGGGCUGUGAUGAUGAAUUUAUGGCUGGUGUGCCAGAGAGCCUCUCUGAGGGCAUGUGCUUGUUCCUCCUCCUUCCUGACCUUCCCCAGCUUCCAGUUGCCUUUCUGGAGGCAACUAAAGGCCAGGGUUGAUGGGGGGGGGGGAGGAGGAGGAAGAGUUGUGUGCCUGUUCCUUUUCAUUUUUCCUUGCCCCCGCAGGGCCUUUAGGUCUGGGAGGGUGGGGGGAAGAAGUCUCACCCCAGAAAUUUUGCCCACAGCACCAGGUAACACCCAGUGCCGGAAAGCCUUUCAGUUUGGGCACUUGGCCCCUAAAAGGUUCGCCAUCACUGACGUAGGGAAUGACCCCUUGUUAUGUCACAGUAGGUGGAUGCUGGUGAUGUGACAAAGGACAGCCCCAUAUGAUGUCAUUAAGUAUGACACGGUUCUCCUGUUGGUUGGGACACAGCAGACUGACAUUUCCAUCUUUCUUCUACUAAUGAUCUCCUCUAUGAGAAACUGCAAGAGGGAACCUACUUUGGAUUGUUUCACUGGAAAUUGCUGGUGGAUGGUGGUAGAAAUGCCAGCCUGCUGCCUCAUGGUCAACAAGAGAACAGAUGCCCAUUGCUCACAGUGGCGGCUGCUGCUAAGUCACAGUAGAUUGGGCACUUCUUAGUUACAUAACUAAGAUAGUUAGGCAACUACGUAGCACAUCUAGAAUACCAGUCACUGGGUCUAAUAAUGAGGAAAAUAUAUAUGGACACACUUUUCAAGGCUGAGAUCCCUCUCCCUCAUUCGGAGGACUGAGAAAGAGUGCCCAAGCUCUAAGAUAUGGAAACUCUAAUUACAACAAGGAUAGCUCAUGGCUCUACCUUGUUGCUGGUAGAAAAUUCAUUGCUACUUCCCCUAUCUACUAUGACAAUUUCAGCUAAACCUAAAGAAGGCUAAGGAAGGGGAGGAGUAGCAGGUGACUUCAAAUUCCUGGCACUUUGACUCUCUGGGAGCUCUGGCUUACGUUAGUAGUCACUAGGCCUGGCCUAAAUACAUUUUGAUUGAGGUGGGAAGAGAGAGUUAGUUAUGUGUUGUUGUGUGCCUUCAAGUCAUUUAAUAAUAAUAAUAAUAUGUUUUAUU